GGCGUUCUCUUCGUUGUUGGUUGGUCACGUAAACUUCUAUCAAAGAAAAACGGGCCUUUUCAAAGAGGUUCAACAUGGCAGGAGAUCAGGCGCAAUUUUAUCAACUACUAAAUACACUAUUGUCUACAGAUAAUGAAAUUCGAAUACAGGCAGAAGAAGCAUACAACGGUAUACCUACAGAAACGAAAGUAGCAUAUUUAGUUGGUGCGAUACAAAAUGCCGAAGUCGGAGAGGAGGGUCGCCAAACGGCUGCAGUGCUCCUGCGGAGGCUGCUCAGUGCUGAGUUCUUCGAGUUCUUCCCUAAGUUGCCGUUUGAACAGCAAGCGGUGCUCAGGCAGCAACUCUUACUUACACUGCAGAUGGAAGUCAGCCAACAGUUACGACGGAAGAUCUGUGAUGUGGUCUCAGAAUUGGCCAGAAACCACAUUGACGAGGAUGGGGUCAACCAGUGGCCCGAGUUUCUGCAGUUCAUGUUUAACUGUGCAAGCUCACCGGACUCUAACAUGAAGGAAGCUGGCAUAAGGAUGUUCACAUCUGUACCAGGAGUUUUCGGCAAUCGUCAAAAUGAAAACUUGGAUAUUAUAAAGAGGAUGCUACUGUCAGCCCUGCUGCCAAAUGAACCAGAAACCCUGAGGAUGCAAGCUGUAAAAGCUGUGGGAGCAUUUAUUCUGUUGCACGACAAGGAACCAGCAAUACAGAAGCAUUUUAGUGAAGUUCUGUUGCCUUUGAUGCAGGUGGUUGUGCAAUCAAUAGAAAAGGCUGAUGAUGACUCUGCGUUGAAAGUUCUUAUUGAGUUGGCUGAGACAGCACCAAAAUUCCUCAGACCACAAGUAGAAGCCAUCUUCCAAGUUUGCAUCAAGGUGAUUGCUGAUGUAGACGCCGAGUCAAAUUGGCGUCAGCUGGCGUUGGAGACUUUAGUGACGUUAUGUGAGACAGCACCAGCCAUGGUUCGAAAAGUGGUACCAAAUGCGGUACAAGCAUUGACACCCUUGGUGUUGGAAAUGAUGUGUGAGUUGGACGAUGAACCUGAUUGGUCGCUUCAAGAUGAUGCUGCUGAUGAUGACAAUGAAGAGAACUAUGUAGCCGCCGAAUCAGCUUUAGACCGUAUGUGCUGCGGCCUCGGUGGCAAGAUAAUGUUGGGCCUCAUAGUAGGACAGGUCCCAGUGAUGUUGAACUCAGAGGACUGGAAAAAGAGGCACGCUGCCCUCAUGGCGGUGUCGUCAGCCGGGGAGGGCUGCCACAAGCAGAUGGAACAGAUGCUGGAUCAAGUGGUCUCUGCUGUACUCAACUAUCUUACAGACCCUCAUCCUCGCGUCCGUUACGCAGCUUGCAAUGCAGUUGGGCAGAUGUCAACUGAUUUCGCGCCAAUUUUUGAGAAGAAAUUUCAUGACAAAGUAGUACCUGGCCUAUUGUUGGUACUCGAAGAUAAUGCCAACCCCAGAGUUCAGGCUCAUGCUGCUGCAGCUCUAGUAAACUUCAGUGAAGACUGUCCUAAGCCCAUAUUGACACAAUACUUGGGACCCUUGAUGAGCAAACUGGAGGCCAUCCUGACUGCUAAAUUCAAAGAGUUGGUAGAACGCGGUACGAAACUGGUGUUGGAGCAAAUCGUAACAACAAUUGCAUCAGUUGCUGACACAGUCGAAAAAGAUUUUGUCGAAUAUUACGACCGCCUUAUGCCUUGCUUGAAAUACAUCAUAGCUAAUGCUACAACUGACGAACUAAAGAUGCUUAGAGGAAAGACCAUUGAGUGUGUCAGUUUGAUUGGUUUGGCUGUUGGAGAGGAGAAAUUCAUAGCUGAUGCAUCAGAAAUCAUGGAUUUACUUCUGAAGACACACACAGAGGGAGAACAGCUGCCCGCUGAUGACCCACAGACAUCUUACUUGAUCUCCGCAUGGUCAAGAAUUUGCAGAAUUAUGGGCAAAAAGUUUGCUCAAUAUUUACCAAUGGUAAUGGAGCCAGUAAUGAGAACUGCUGCCAUGAAGCCAGAGGUGGCUCUGCUCGACAAUGAUGACCUCGAGACAAUUGAGGGAGACUUGGACUGGCACUUUGUGACACUAGGAGAACAACAGAACUUCGGAAUUAAGACCGCGGGUCUCGAAGAUAAGGCGUCCGCGUGUGACAUGCUCGUUUGCUAUGCUCGUGAAUUAAAGGAAGCAUUCGCUGAGUAUGCUGAAGAUGUCGUUAAACUAAUGGUACCGAUGCUGAAGUUCUACUUCCACGACAAUGUUCGAACGGCAGCCGCGGAAUCCCUGCCUUAUCUGCUCGAGUGUGCCCGUAUUAGAGGACCCCAGUAUAUUCAGGGCAUGUGGGCGUACAUUCUGCCGGAACUGCUCAAGGCAAUCGAUUCGGAACCAGAGCAAGAGGUUCAGGUGGAACUUCUCAACAGCCUUGCUAAGUGCAUUGAGUUGCUCGGUGCUGGAUGUCUGUCGGACGAAAUGAUGGCCGAGGUCCUACGCAUUCUGAACAAACUCCUCACUGAGCACUUCGAGCGCGCAACGGAACGUCGCCAGAAACGCGCCGACGAGGAUUACGAUGAGGUUGUAGAGGAGCAGUUGGCCGACGAAGACAAUGAAGACAUCUACGGCCUGUCCCGCGUCGCCGACGUGCUCCACGCCCUAAUGUCCGCCUACCACGAGAGCUUCUUCCCGCAUCUGGACUCGCUGCUGCCUCACCUGGUGCAACUGCUCGCACCGGGCCGCCCCUACGCCGACAGACAAUGGGCGAUAUGUAUAUUCGACGACGUCAUAGAGUUUGGGGGACCCGCUUGCGUUAAAUAUCAGGACAUAUUCUUGGAACCCAUGCUUAACGGACUACGCGAAGCGGAGCCAGAAGUGCGGCAGGCGGCGGCGUACGGCUGCGGCGUGCUCGCACAGUUCGGCGGGCCACAGUUCGCCGCCGCCUGCGCCCGCGCUGUGCCCCUCCUAGCCGCACUCAUAGCUGAACCCGCCUCCCGCUCCGUCGAAAACCUCAACGCUACCGAAAACGCAAUAUCCGCAGUCACGAAAAUCAUCAAAUACAAUCACUCUCAAAUCAAUAGAGACGAAAUUAUAAGGCAUUGGCUGACUUGGCUGCCCGUCACCGAGGACACGGAGGAGGCGCCGCACGUGUACUCUCUGCUGUGCGAGCUGGCGGCGAGCGGGCACGAGGCGCUGGCCACGCCCGACGCGCCGCAGCGGGUCAUCGCGACGUUGGCCGAGGCGUUCCUCCGUGACGCCGUGCCCAACGACAACCCAGUGUUCGCGCAGAUGGUCGCACUCGUCAGACAGAUACAGGGGAAUGCGGAGAUGUUCAACUCGUGUCUAAUGCAGCUGAGUAACGAGCACAAGGAAGCUCUGAAGGUCGCGCUCUCCACAUAAUCUAAUCGCCUGAACUUAUAUUUAUUCCCGCCAUGUUGUCCAAUCACUCAUCGGUCGCCAUCACACGUCCACAAGAGCCCUCAUUACUUUCGGAAUAUUUAACCACCAUUUAAUAUAUAACCGCUAAAACUGAAUGUUUGUGUAAAUUCUAUUUGAAUGUCUAACCCCUUUAAUGCUCGCUAGUUAGGAACUAGAUAAAAUUAUUGACUUAUACGAGAAUGAAUUUACCCUUUCCUUUUGAGGAUCAUUUUUCUUUGAUCUCAAAUUAAUUUCUUGGGCUAAAAUUGCUGUGAUAUAUUUUAUACUUCUGAUAAUCAACAAAAAAUGAAAGCCUCUGAU